UACAUAAUUAGUUUUUUGUUUACUUUGCAUUUUUUAGUUGAUUUAAAAUAAUCUUCACCGUCAUGUCUUUGCAACAUGCUUACAAUACAGUUAAAAGUAAAGCAUUGGGGAUGGCAGAAAGUCUAACACCAAUAUUGAAGGAAUCUAAAUUUAGUGAAACUGGUGUUAUUACCCCUGAAGAGUUUGUUGCCGCUGGAGAUUAUUUGGUUCAUCAUUGUCCUACUUGGCAUUGGUCAGCAGGUGAAAGUUCUAAAAAGAAAAGUUACCUACCUGAUGAUAAGCAGUUUCUGAUGACAAAAAAUGUACCAUGUUAUAAGCGCUGCUCUCAAAUGGAAUAUAUGCUUGAGAAUGAAGCGGUUAUUGAAGAACAUGAUGGAGAUGGUGGAUGGGUAGACACUCACCAUAAUUUAGAGCAUGCAAAUAAAGAUAUAAAAGAUGAUGAAGAAAUCCAGUCAAGUGCUAACACAGUUGAGGCUGAUGAUGAAAAUGAUGACAAUGAUGAUGCCAUGGAUAUGGAAGCAUUUGAAGAAUCUGGCAUGUUGGAAGAUGAUUCUGCCACUAUUUCUAGUGUAAUACAUAAAAAUAAAGACAUGAUUCAGGAGGCUGUUAGUACUAAAAAUGGUAUUUUGCAGACCCGAACGUACGAUUUAAACAUAACGUAUGAUCGUUAUUACCAAACACCAAGAUUUUGGUUGUUUGGUUAUGAUGAGAGUCGUAAGCCUCUUACAAUUGAACAGAUGUAUGAGGAUAUUAGUCAGGACCAUGUAAAUAAAACAGUAACAUGUGAAGCGCAUCCACAUUUACCACCUCCCCAGAUGGCAUCAAUUCAUCCAUGCAAGCAUGCUGAAGUAAUGAAGAAAAUAAUCUCUACAGUUCAAGAUGGCGGUGGCGAAGUUGGAGUACAUAUGUAUUUACUUAUAUUUUUGAAGUUUGUUCAGGCUGUCAUUCCUACGAUUGAAUACGAUUACACCCGCAAUAUUUCUAUGUAAAUUUUUUAGCAACAAAUUCUUUUAAAUAUCAAUUUUUUAUAAAUAGUUUAAAUUACUUUAAAGUUCUCCGAGUUUUAUAGAUGUUAUCAAUUGAGUUAAAUAUAUUUUUUUCAGAAUAA